AUGUUUGGAGGUAGUACGUACUAUGACGACCCUCGUAGGGAAAAGGGCAGGUUGAUGACGAUGGCUGGUUUUACAGUCACGCCGCUAGACGCGCCGUUGGACAGCGCGCUGUUGGACAGCGCGCGUUUGAACAGCGGUGCACCAAAAAACGACAUUAGUACGGCGCGUUUCGCUGCUGUGAGACAGUCGUGUACAAACAGAUACAAAAUGAACGGCAAUGCGUACCUAACGGCACGUCUCAACGGCGUGAGACUAAAACGCACAAUGGCCGUAGAAGCGCACGAGCGGCGCGCGCUUCGACCGCGCCGCGCGAAUAGGACGCGUUCAACGAACGGCGCUGCUCAAGCGCGCGAAUUUGAAACGCUACUAAUACCCCAAUACAUAUCCGAGCGCGCGCGCUCCGACGGCGCUGCCGAAACGCGUGACUGUAAAACCAGCCAAACUAAGGCAAAUCCGGUCAGCGUGUACUCGCAGUGGAUCGCUGCAAAGGAGUACGCGUCAUCGCCAGGAGGUAGCAGUUCACAAGCGCCUACCGGUGGAGUUCAAGACAAGGUCAACGGGCGUCACAGAGGGCGCCACCCGACACUUGGACGUGACGCAUAUCAAUCACAGAAUAAAAAUGAGAGUUUAGACAAUGUAGAAAAGAUGCAUUACUUAAAAUCGCACCUUACGGGCGAAGCAGAACAAUUUGUAAGACAUAAAGAAAUUUCUGACUUGAAUUACGCCCAGUGUUGGGCCAAGUUAGAAAAACGCUAUAGUAAUAAAAAAUAUCUCUCAAAUUGUAUUCUAAAAAGAUUGUUUAGUCAAAAGCGUAUGUUAAUUGAGUCUGCCGCUGGUCUCAAAGAGUUGCUCGACACAACAAAUGAUUGUCUUAGUGCGCUUACUAAUUUAAAUGUCGAUGUAUCUACAUGGGAUAUUAUCAUCAUUCACAUAGUCACUUUUAAACUUGAUCCCGAAACUCGGAAACAAUGGGAGUUAACUACAAAUAGUAACGACAUUAAUGAAUUACCUACCUACGAACAAUUUGCCACCUUUUUAGAGAAUCGUUUUCGCGCCUUUGAAAGGAUAGAGCCAAACAAGGUUCAUCAGGUCACCAGGUCCCAUGUUCCUAAGGCAAUGGUAACGACAAGUUCAAGCAAGAUUCGCUGUGAAUAUUGCUCUGAGACACACAAAUUGUGUUUCUGUAAGAAGUUCGCGAACCAACCAGUUGACUCAAGACGGGACUUUGUUGUAAAACAUAACAUAUGUUUUAAUUGUUUGGGUAGCAAUCAUAGUGUUUACAAUUGUAAGAAACAGACAAAUUGUAAAGUGUGUCUAAAACGGCACCAUUCUUUACUACACCCAAGUGGUGAGUCCGUAAAGAAAGAUCAGGAUAUACGAGCUAAUGUGAUGACUGUUGAUGCUAGCUCUUCGGCUAGUGUUGAUCAUGUUGUUGCGUGUUUAUCUACCAAUAAAGUACCUAGAACUCGACAGGUUUUAUUAGCUACAGCACUGGUUAAAGCUGAGUCCAAGGGGGGUGACUUUCAGUUGGUAAGAGUAUUGCUUGACCAAGGCUCUCAAGCAUGCUUAAUCACUGAGGCCACAGUUCAAUACCUAAGACUUCCGAAAAUUCCAAUUCAAGGAAUUUUGUCUGGCUUAGGUAAUAGUUCAACUGUUGCAAGGUACAUGGUACAAAUAAAAAUUCAAUCUCGGAUAGAUCCGCACUUCAAUUUACAAGUAACAGCUUACGUGUUGACGAAAAUUACGUCUUAUUUACCGGAGCAGAGCAUAAAUAAAGAUAUUUUAAAAUGUAUCAAUAUAUCAAGUAAUGAUCUAGCCGAUCCCCAGUUCAACCAACCUAAUAAAAUUGAUAUUUUAUUAGGAGCUGAUGCUUACAGCUGCAUUCUAAAGGAAGGCAUAAGGAGAAGUCCAUCAAGUAACUUGAUCGCGCAGAACACCAAUUUCGGAUGGAUCUUAUCAGGUGCUGUAAAUAAUUCAAAUGAAAAUUCUAACUUCACACACAAUAAUAUUAAUGUAAUGCAUACACAAAUAAGAGAAGAAGAUGUUCUCAAGCGAUUUUGGGAAAUUGAAGAACAAAUUAAUAAUAAAAAGAUACUUACCCCAGAUGAACAAAAAUGUGAAGAAUUUUAUGCCGCUACUACCUCAAGACGAGAAGAUGGUAGAUACGUAGUAAGAUUACCAUUCCGCAUUGAGGACCCUCAAUUUGAAGAUACUCGUUCCGUAGCUGAAAUAAAAUUUAAAUCAUUAGAAAAAAGGUUAGAAAAGGACAAAGAGCUAAAAGAAAGGUACACUAGUGUAAUAAAAGAAUACUUACAAUUGGAUCACAUGAGACCUGUAAAUGAUAAUAAAGGGGAUGUUGCUGUAUACUUACCUCACCAUGCAGUGAUACGGAAUGACAAAACAACUACCAAGGUAAGGGUAGUCUUCAAUGCAUCGGAAAAAUAUAAGUCAGGUGUUUCGUUAAAUGAUACACUCAUAGCCGGUCCAUCAUUGCAAGCAGAUUUGAGACAUACUGUGUUGAGAUGGAGAGUUCAUCCUAUUGGUCUAGUGGCAGAUAUUGUUAAAAUGUACCGUCAGAUAAGGAUAGCUGAUGAGGACACCAAAUACCAACGAAUACUCUGGCGUGAUAGUCCAAAUAAAGAAAUAAGGGAUUACGAAUUGCUGACAGUAACGUUUGGAACCACUUCAGCUCCUUACCAGGCAGUCAGAACACUUCACCAGAUAGUUUACGAUGAAGGUAAAAUGUAUCCGCUAGCAGCCGAGAAGGUUUUAAAUUGCUUUUACAUGGAUGAUUUAAUGACUGGAUGCUAUAAUGUAGAAGAAGGACUAGCAAUUUAUAAGGAAAUGACAGAAUUGUUAGGAAAGGGGGGAUUUUUAUUGCAAAAGUGGAACAGUAAUAAUGAGGAAAUUAUAAAUAAGAUAAAUGAAGCAGAGAGGCAAGGAAUACAAAAUCAAUUAGAUCAAAAGCAAAUAGUUCAACAACAAGGAGGUCAAAAACAAAUAGAUCAAUGUACGGAAAUGGAAACUAGAACAAGCCAACAAGGAGAAAAAAAUAAUAAGGACAUAGAAGAUAAGGGAAUAGAUCAUAAAAUAGACAAUGUUAUUAAAAUUUUAGGACUAUCUUGGAACCGCAGCAUAGAUGCAUUCCAGUAUACUGUGAAUCUUCCACCGCAGACGACUGCACCUGUAACAAAAAGAGCUGUAAUUUCAAAUAUAGCACGUUUGUUCGAUCCUCUAGGAUGGCUAGCUCCGAGUGUAGUAAUAGCAAAAAUAUUUAUCCAAAAAUUAUGGCUCGCUGGAAUUGAGUGGGAUGAAGAAUUAAAUCCUGAGUUGAAACAAGAAUGGAAUACUUACCGACAGGAAUUGUCUCAUCUUACCCAGAUCGCCAUUCCACGCUGGCUUGGCACGAACUCCAACGAUGACCGCGAGCUACAUGGUUUUUGUGACGCUUCUAAGGCAGCCUACUCAGCUGUGGUAUACUUGCGAAUGACGGAUGUCACAGGCAAGGUCAAAAUUGCCUUGUUAGUUGCAAAGACUAGAGUUGCCCCUAUAAAGCAGAUCAGCAUUCCUCGUUUGGAAUUGUGUGGGGCAGUACUCCUUUCAAAAUUAUUGAUGGAAACGGCGGAGGUAUUGCAGAUUUCAACGAAUAAAAUCUUUGCUUGGACAGAUUCUACUGUUGUUUUAGCUUGGCUAAAUAGUCACCCAAGCAGAUGGAAAACGUUCGUGGCCAAUCGCACAUCUGAAAUAUUGACUUCAAUGCAACCAUCUCAAUGGUUCCAUGUGUCAACGACGGAAAACCCGGCAGACUGUGCAUCAAGAGGACUUUUACCCAGUUUGCUUGUGGAGAAUUCCCUUUGGUUUUCUGGACCAACUUUUCUUAGUUCAACCAUUAUUUAUAAAAAGCAAGAUGUUCUGAAAACGGACUUAGAGCAAACAUUAAAAGUUUAUGCUGUUGUAACUUCAAGCAAGGAUUGUGAUAUAUUUCAAACUUUUGAAAGAUAUUCCUCUUUAUCAAAACUACUACGAGUAAUUGCAUAUUGUCGUCGAUUUAAAAAUAAAGGUAAAAACGAUACUGACUAUUUACAGAAAACAGAACUCGAAAAGGCAUUAGAAUGCUGUAUAAGAAGAACACAGGAAGAUACUUUUAAGGAAGAAUAUGUACAAUUGCAAGACAAAGGGUUCUUAAGGCUAAAGAAAAGUAAGUUAAAGUCAUUGUGCCCUUAUUUAGACGAAAACGGUUUGAUUAGAGUAAAGGGUAGACUAGAGAAAUCUUCGCUAGACGAACAGAUGAAGCAUCCAAUAGUAUUGCCAAACAACGCACAUCUUACUCGCUUAAUAGUAGCCGACGCUCACAUCAAGACACUACACGGAGGUAACCAGCUCAUGCUAAACUAUUUAAGAUCAGCCUACUGGAUACUUGGAGCAAGAAAUUUAGUUAAAAGGCACAUUAACAAAUGCGUGACCUGUGCUAAGCAAAGAGCCAGUACCAAGGCCCAAAUAAUGGGUGACCUUCCGUCUGUCAGAUGUAACCCGUCGAGACCGUUCUUGCACAGUGGUGUUGACUACGCAGGUCCUAUAAAUGUAAGGACAACAAAGGGUCGUGGUCACCAUUCAUAUAAAGGCUACAUAUGUUUGUUUGUUUGUAUGUCUACGCGCGCUUUACAUCUAGAAGUAGUCAGUGACAUGGGUACGCAAGCAUUUUUAGCGGCCUUUAGACGGUUUGUGUCUAGACGUGGUCAUUGUGCCAAACUUUAUAGUGACAACGGCACUACAUUUGUAGGCGCUUCGAGAGAGUUACAGCGACUCGCGCCAUAUCAAACUUCUAUAGCACAACAUUUAGAGGCGAACAACACUGAAUGGCAUUUCAUUCCCCCACAUGCUCCCAACUUCGGUGGGUUGUGGGAAGCGGGAGUGAAAUCAACAAAGUUUCACCUCAAACGGGUUAUCGGUGAUGCGACACUUACCUAUGAAGAGCUUACAACACUUCUUACCCAAGUCGAAGCUUGCCUGAAUUCGCGACCGAUAAGUGUUAUGAAUCUUAAUGAUCCUGGAGAACCAAUACCAUUGACCCCAGGACACUUUCUAAUCGGUGAACCUAUAAUUUCAAUACCAGAGUACACUAAUUACGAAAGUUCAAAUGUUCAUUCUCUAACACGAUGGCAAUUUGUUCAGAGGAUGUUGCAAUCAUUUUGGAGACGUUGGUCUCAAGAAUAUUUAAGCAAUUUAAUGCAUCGUUAUAAAUGGUCGUCCAAGGCUCAAGAACCAAAGAUUGGUGAUAUCGUUCUUAUAAAAGAAGACGAUAUGCCUCCUAGUCGUUGGUUGAUGGGUCGUAUUAUAGAGAAACAUCCCGGUGAUGAUAAAAUCACUCGUGUAGUUACGUUGCGCACAAAAUCAUCUAGUAUUAUAAAAAGGCCAACUAAUAAACUGUGUAUUUUACCAGUAUUCGAAGAAUGA